GGUUUACCUGACUCGAACAGGAGCAAAGGGUGAAUUGGUGGACUUCCGGUUUGCCGACUUGGAAACCAAGGUGACGGAAUACUACCAACCAAUAACAGCAGAGAUCCGGGCUCUUGUCAAUCACGUCAUAUCAGGUUAUUCAUUGAUCACAAGGUCAUCUCCAGCCAGCUGUUCGGAUCAAGAGCACAGUGGAUACUUUCUAUCAAUCCUUCAUGGCAGAUAGCAUUAACAUAGGUGUCCACGUGAGACUAAAAGCAGGUCACGCCCGAGAGAUGAAACUAUAUCAUCAAACACCUCCAGAACUGCAAGAAUUUGUUCAAGUUGUACAACGUCUCAUAAAUGACAUCACUGCCGACAAUGAGGGCAGAGAGAUUUGCAUAUACCUGGCCUCUGAUCUUGACGAAGUUAUUGAGGAAUUCAAAUCCAAGUUUGGGAACAACAGAGUCUUACACAUAGACGCCUCCAGGGGAAAAAGUUUGGAUUAUAGAGGGACACGGAAAGGCUCUCCGAAUCUACUGGGUGACCAGGUGUUCACUGACAUCUUGCUGAUGUCUCAGUGUGACUACUUUGUCCAUGAUGAGUCUAAUGUUGCGUCAGUGACGUACUAUUACAACCCUAACCUUAAGAGCUACUAUGUCAGUGGAGACGCCUCGGACUUUAGACGACUUAACGCGCAACCUCGUUUCGAUUCAGGGGAACUCUUUCGUCAGGCCGUUGCCAGGGAGACGCGCAACAUAAUCCUACCCGACUUGAAGAAUGACUCAUUGUGGGCUGGUCUUAAGGCCAGAGUUAGAGUGUUGUGGGGAUUGUUAUUCUCUGAAAGAUAUUUGCUGGACGGACUGAAGUGUUUCUACAAGAACGUGAAAUGGAGCAAAUGUCGCAGGGAGUUUUUAAGCUCGACGUUUGCCAGUGGUAGUGACCUGAAGGAAUUGAUGGGUCUAUGAAGUUGCUGCAUGCUCCUAACUACAUAAUUAUGUACACUCAGUUUGUUGUUGUUCGUCCGUCGUUUUCGACGAUGACGAAGACAUCACGUCAGCUUCUGUGUGUCUGGCUGUGGCUCACCAGUUCUAUACCCGUUCUGAAGGUUUUGCCACAGGUUGUUUGAGCACACUGCAUAUACUUUUACAUGUAACAAUGUAAUUACCUUAAUCUGACACUAACGUAAUAAGAGUUAUGCACAUGAAGUAAUGUCUGUAAAAUCAUUGUAUACUGUACCGAAAUAC